AUGGUGUUCGCGCGUGGCGAUGUCUCCGGCCAUGAUGAUCCAGUAAUAGAUCAUCAAGAUCCCAGCAAAUAUAUCACAGUUGUGUCCUGGGAUGGGCCACGAGAUCCCGGAAAUCCAUACAACUGGUCUUUAUGCGAGAAAUGGCUGCUCACUGCCCUCGCUGUAUUCGCGACCUUCAUGACCAUGAUCAACGGCACAAUAUUUACAGUAGCACACGAGACCAUGAAUGAGCGCUUUCACAUUUCAGACGCUAGUUUCCCUCACUCCUAUUGGCCUGUCACAUCGUGGGCCGUUGGUGGCGGCUGUUUCUCCCUGCUCGUUCUCCCUCUCAUGGAGGACUUUGGUGUACGGCUGUGGCACAAAAAUUUUUACACCUUGGUCAUCACGAGAUUCUUCGCCGGAGGAUGUGUCUCCAUCCUCGCUAAUACCUCUGGCACGGUCAUUGGGAAUGUCUGGGACACAGAGCGAAAUCGAAACGUGCCUGUCAGUCUUUUCAUCGUUGCCUACCUGUCCGGUAGUAGUAUUGGACCCGUUAUUGGAGCUGCUAUCUACCAGGCUCUCACGUGGAGGUGGAUUGGCUAUAUCCAACUUAUGUGGUAUGGUGCUUUCUUCCCUCUGUACUUCUUCUUGUUCAAGGAGUGUCGUGGAAUUGCAAUCCUAGGACAGCGUGCAAAGGCUCUGCGACGUGAAGGCAAGAACGCCUAUACCCAGCAUGAGAUUGACACACAAGGCCAGUCGAUUCUGAGCAUCGUGGGCCACAGCGCGAGCAGGCCUCUUUUCCUGUUCUUCACUGAGUCCGUGGUAUUUGUAUCGACCCUAUGGUCUGCCUUUACCGUUGGUACAUUGUAUCUGUUCACUCAAUCUGUUGAGCAGGUAUUCGCAGAGCUGUAUGAUUGGACACCGUCGCAAGCUGGAUACGUCCAAGCAGCAGUCGUGAUCGGAGAGCUUCUGGGAUGGGUGAUUACCUUGUUCUCAGGUAAGCUUUACUUCGACUCGGCAUCUCGCAACAAGGAGAUUCCCGGCACCCCUAUACCUGAGGCCCGGCUGUAUCUCGCCAUUGUAGGGGGUAUAUUCGGUAUCUCCGGUGGUAUGUUCACAUACGCGUGGACAUCAUACCCAAACUUCCCGUGGAUCGCACCGGCCAUCGGUCUCGCCAUGGUAGGGGCUGGAAGCGUCAUUGUCGUGACGGGAAUCUCUGACUAUGUGGUCGAUGCGUACAGCAAAUACGCGGGCAGCUGUAUGGGUAUCAUUGCCACUGGUGAGAACACCCUGGCGGCCUUCCUGCCCCUAGCUACCAUGAGCAUGUACUCUCACCUUGGCCUCGAGUGGGCUAGCACAGUACUAGCCUUCAUCGCAUUGGUUCUGUCUUUUGCGCCAAUAUUGGUGUUGAUUUGGGGUAAAGAUAUCCGAGCACGCAGUCCAUUCAUGAAGGAAGCCAUGGUGGAGAAGAGGAGGAAGAGCAUAGACUCUGUCUGA